AUUUACAAAUACUCAAGAACUUUUUGGAUAUGAUAUUCGUUUACCUGAUGUAUGUAUAUUUACACAUACGUUAGCACCACCAAAUCAACUUCAUCCAGCUGUUAGUGAUUCAAAUAAAUUAUUGAUUCCAACUGUAGCUUUGUGUGAUACGGAUUGUAAUCCAAAUAUAAUAACUUAUCCUAUCCCAAGCAAUGAUGAUACACCAAAAUUAAUUGAAUUCUUAUUUGAUCUUUGUAUUUGUGAAUAA